AUGGACGGCGGUCAAGUCAGCCAGCGCGUCGAAAUAGUCCUACACCACUACCAAAAAUGGGGGCGCCAGCCGCAGGCGCCAAUUUGUUCAGCAGCAGCAAGAAGAGGCGCACCCCAAGGCCUGUUUAGCUGCAGCUGCUGCAACGGCCAAUGGUCAGGACAGGAUGCCAUAUACUGUACGCCGACCGGAGAUGAUCCACCGCAAGCAAGCAAGUCCCUGGCCGCAGGUCUGCCGCUGAAGCCCGCACGAAUUCGCAAAAGGAGGGCUGGGCUGGGACGAGGACGAGCCAGAGCAAGAAGCGUGGGAGAGAUGGGAAGGCGAGAGAGGAGAGGAAGACAGAAAGAAGAAAGAAGAAAGAGACGGAGAGAAGAGAGAAAUCACCAGCUUGCCAAGGCAAUAAGAGGAGCAGAGAUCCAGCUUAAUGGGGUUCAUGCAGUGCAAAGCAGCAGAGACAUCUGCUGUCUCUCUUUUCUGCACUGCGCCCCUCAACUCUUCGUAUCGCUCAGCAGACAGACCGGGGGCCGUUGUCGACAAGAACUCUACUUGUACAUGCCAGAACUGUGGAUAGCCGUCGCUCAACUGUACGGUACUGUAUGGCCAUGCCAUUCUCCAUCUCCCAUCAACACGCCUUUGGCGCUAUGCCUCGACGAGCGUCGUCCAAACAGACCUACGCCGUCUGGCCGUAUAUCGAGGUACCGUACAUGGCAGGGGCCCAGUGGACUAGCCAGCCUAGAUCGCGAUCCAGUCCGUCUGCGGAAUACUGUGCGUCCAGACGCCGCACUGCCGCCAUGUCGGCACUACGAGCACCAGAAUAGCAUGCAAGCCCAGCGCUUCCACGGGGUCGGACCAUGCCUUGCUUGUAUCGACAGCCUAGCAGGCGACUUCCGCUGUCAGACACGGCGACGGGCGCGAGCGAGACGGGCUGCUGAGCUCCAUCAAACAACAUGUCGAAUCGACGCAGAUGCACGAGACGCUACUUGUACUUCAGCAGCGUCGCAGCCAGAUCGGCUCCGCCUCCAUCCCUUGCAACGAACGAGGAGCUGCUCACGACUCCAGGCGGCGAAACGGCCACCUUAG